UAUAUAUAUAUAUUUUUUUUUUUUUUUUUCCAACGACUUAUUGAUUGCUGUCGCUCUGCUUGCUGCUGGAGAAGAAUAGAGGCCAGCUAGCUAGCUUAAUAAAAACUUGUUGAUAAACAUUAGUAUACGGGCCUCAAAUGAAUAUUAUGCAUACACAGUCCUUAGGUUUAUCAAUUACUAAUACCAGGAAUCCUAUAUGAAAUGUAGUAACAUACCUGAUAUAGACUAGUCUGGAAGGCUAUUGGUGUCUGGACGUGGUUAUAGCUGGGCAGUGUGAAGUUGUGAACUCAACUGGGUAGGCGAACACAUGAGCUUCAGGUGGGUGUGUUGGUGCGGCGGUCUGCGUUAAUUGUUGCCACACUUCCAGUUCUCAACAAAAGAUAUUUAUCGCCAAACGAAAUAGAUGUACAUAAUGCAAAUGUAUCUAAAUUAUUUUUAUAUUGAAAUGUAUGUAUAUCUUAUUUUGUAUCUAAGUACUUUCAUUUCAUAUUUUCAUGGAUUCAUCUCUGGACGGGCCGACGGAGCUCCGCGCGCGGACCCGGGCGUGCCCCGGUUCCCACUGUACUCCUCUCCGUCGAUGACGUCACUGACGGUCGACGGAUCCGUGAAAACAGAAUAGUGGGAACCGCGCCUUAGUUGAGUCGAUAGACUAUAAAGUCCUCCAAGAUAGAGUUCUUGCGCGUGCCGGUGUUGCGAGAAAUACCUCCUUCCAGAAAUAAGUCGCUCUUCUGUUCACUACGCAUGCACACUGCAUGGGUAAUAUACAACUGGAAAACCCAUUAAUUUACCUGGUUUUGAUCUAGUCUGUCCACUUGUGGUUUUUGUAAUGAUUGAUAUUGCCCGCAAGAAAACAACACACCAGACCAACAGACAAAACAAGCAAGAACUGAGUGAACAUCAACGUGGGGUAAUUCUUUCUAAAAUCUGCCCUAUUCGUUUAUUAUAAAGCCUUUCUUAAUUAAAAGUGUUGCUCUGAUGUUUGUGCCACGUAUUGGAGCCGAAACAGGAGAAGUAAACGAUAGCAGUAAGUGAAGUAUAUAAAAAAAAUGUAAGCAAGUUAAAGACCUCUCUCUGCGAGCUAUUUUUCGGAUGCGAGCUAAUUCCUACAACACCGUGGAGGCGGGGUGUGAGGGCGGCUUGGUGAUGACACUUCGUACUUUAGCAUGUGUCAAGAUUGUUCCCUCCGAGGCAGCGGGUCACCCAGGGCUGGAGAAACAGAAGCAGAGGCGGACAAUAAAGACAACAGAGGACCAUCAAGUGAAGAAGGACCCCCAUCUAUCCACCUAUCCAUCCCAGGCGAGCCGCUCUUCUAUCCCCAUCUACCCUGUCUCGCCUCGCCCCAUCCCGCAGCCCACUCAACACCCCUCCACCACCACCACCACCACCCUUAUUGAUUCCGCCGCCUACCUCUCCCAGCUGACGCAAGAUGUCGAUCAAGCUGGAGGACAUGCUGACGGUGGUGAAGCCGCCACCGCAGGCACUCGACCUCUUCCGAACCAAGAUCAAGUGUAAGGAAGACUUCGACAAGGCCUACGAAAAAGUCCCGGAGUACAAAAUUCGCCCCGAGAAGGUGCGGCCGGGAGACGUGAUGGGGGAGGGACCGGGGGGCUGGAGGACCUCCCAGGGCAGGGGCAGCGAGGAGCCCCCCCAGGCCACCUACGCAGACCCUCUCCCCCCCUCCAUGCGGGGACUCAACAUGGACGAAUUCUACGAGGUUGACAUAGACUGGAGAAUGUUGACCACUGCUCGGCCUAAGAACCGCUGCGAGGAGGAGAUAUUUUCAAGGUACGUGGAGAUGGGUCGCCUGCAGCUUCAGCGUCUACGGGAAGAGGCGGAGAAGGUGGCUGAAGGCAAGGAGUGGACGGGACGCAUCGUAAAGGUGGUGCCGGGGAAGGGGUCGCUGCCGGAGACUCGCCUGCCCACGUGUCGGGAGUGCGGCGAGGAACUGUGUGAAGGCAUGUGCAAGGACUACCUCUACAUGAAUUACCAGCGUGUCCAGACGGAAGAGAAGAAAGAAGAAGAAGAAUCAGGAUUAGAUGUGGACGACAUCGAAGGGACGAAGCAAAAGGGAAAGAAGAAAAAGAAAACAAAGAAAAGAAAAAAGAAAAAGAAGAAAGAAGCCGAUCAAGCAGACGGCGAUGCGGAUGACGAAGAGGAGUGAGCAAAGGAACACCUUGACAGGGGUAUCAUCCUUCACGUAUUGGUAAAAGUGAAAACUUGAACCAGCCAAGCAAACAAGCGUCGUCAUUGUAAGAAUGGGAAGCCACAAGCAGACGUAAGCUCAUGUUCAGUAUUUACAAAUAUCAUUUAUGUUUGCCAGGCAUGUCAGAGAGUUCAAAAUACAAAUAUUCCACGAGGCUUUCGCAAAUAGUCGAGGCGCAGCAGGAACAGUGUCCGCGCUGGGACCUGCCUGGCUAGAACGCUGAGAACAUGACUUUGCAAUGUGAUCCCGAAAGGAGGCAAUGACGAGAAUAAAUUUUGUUUGCA